GAUCGCACCACCACAUGGAUGAGGUGGCCAUUUCUUGCAUAUUAGAGAGUAGAUAAACCACUCUUCUUCUCCAAUCUACUGCUUUACAGUUAAAGAAAAGAAAAACUGUUAGUAUUUUGGUUUCAAACCAGAAGAGAAGUUCAAUUUUCAACCCCAAAAACAAAGCCUUGAGCUUGAGAGUUGAGAUUCCCUUUACCUCAUUGGUUUCUUUUUGUAUAGAUAUUUCUGUUCUCUUCCAAUUAUUGUUAUUAUCAUUAUUCUCUCUCUCUCCCUCACAUAGAGACAUACAGACUAAGAGAUAUAUCGUCUUCUUGUGUAACUUAGUCUAGUGACAUUUCACUGUCAUCUUUUGUCGUUAAUUAAUAAUAGAACAAGAAAAAGAAGAAACACAUUCUUUUCCUCUUUUACGUUGUUAUAUAUAAGGUAAUUUAUAUGGAAAAACGACUUUUACUUCUUAUUGGAAAUGGGUUUUUGGAUUGGGAUUAUUGUUGCUUAGGAACAAGUGUUCAAGACCUGUUGAGCAGCUAAAGAAAGGCAGGUUUCACUGUGAUGGAUGACAAGACUUCGUCUUCUUCUUCAGUUUCUGGUCUUCAAGGUAAAGUUUCAAAUCAGGAUGAACUUUUCAUGCAACAGAGUUUGCUCUUUUCUGAAACACUACAGGAUUUGAAGAAUUUAAGGAAACAACUGUACUCAGCAGCAGAGUAUUUCGAAACAACUUACAGGAAAGAGGACCAGAAACAAAUAGUGGUGGAGACCUUAAAAGAUUAUACCAUCAAAGCUCUGAUCAAUACUAUUGACCAUUUGGGUUCUGUGGCAUACAAAGUUAACAGCUUUUCUGAUGAAAAGCUGAGAGGAGUUUCAGCCUUAGAUCUUCGUUUCACUUGCCUUGAACAGAAACUACGAACAUGCGAAGAAUAUAUAAACCACUCUGGACUUUCUCAACAGUUCUUGAUGGUAGAAACUCCCAAGUACCAUAAAAGAUACAUCUUUCCAGCUGAGGAGACUUUGGAUACCGAAUCAAAAUCUCAUACAAGAAGCUUCAGGGCUGAUUACAACUCAGAACAAUUUAAAAAUGCUGUUCAAGCAACAAUAAAAGGGACCUCUCCAUAUACUUUCAGAGGACAUUCAAGAUUGAAGUCUCCACAGGUUUCAUCAAGACAAGGAACUUUCACAUUUGCAAGUAUAUCGAUCAAUAAAAGACCAGAUAAAAGAGCUUCCUCUCCACAGCGAUUUCCGCUUUUACGAUCUGGAACUCUUCUUCCUAAGAGAUCAAUAUCUCCAAACAAUGCAGGAAAACCCCGGUUUCCUUCCGAGCCUCGGAGAUCGGUUUCAUUGUCGGCAUCAUAUCCUGAAAGAGACCGGGCAAAUGACAUUGAACAAUAUUCUAGCAAAAGCAAACGCCUCUUUAAAGCCUUGCUUAGCAUGCGCAAACCCAGAAAGGAUCGCACAUUGUACAAAUAUUUGGAUGAGGCUUGAAAGAAACUGGAGAAAUGGAAGUAACCAAAGAGAACUUUGUAAUUCUUGGCCAUAUUUUAUAAACUCUUUUGUUUUGAAGCUUCAUUUAAAGUUUGUUGUCCUUGAUGGUAUGCUUGACCUUCUCUUUAUGCAAUUGGGACAAAUAUCCGCUACUCAUCUCAAGUUUUGGUUCGCCAAAUAAAAAACAAUCCAUUCAAUGAGCAA